UACUUUAAUCUGUGUCUCUCUUUGUUUCCGCUUCUGCUUUUGGUUUUGAAUUGAAGAAACAACAACGAACAUAAAUUAAUAUAACACAAAACACAACACAUACUUUCCAGUGCCAGUAGUCAGUUUAGUCAACCAGUCAGAGUUAUAUUAAUCAUCUUAAAGAAUGGCAGUGAACGUAUAUUCGACGAAUGUAACAACUGAAAAUUUAUCCAGACAUGAUAUGCUUGCUUGGGUUAAUGAUUGCUUGCAAGCGCAAUUUGCUAAAAUAGAAGAGCUCUGCACAGGAGCUGCUUAUUGUCAAUUUAUGGAUAUGCUAUUUCCAACUUCGGUGCCCAUGAAACGUGUCAAGUUUCGUACGAAUUUGGAGCAUGAAUAUAUUCAGAAUUUUAAAAUUUUACAAGCUUCAUUUAAGAAAAUGAACGUCGACAAGAUUAUACCAAUUGAUAAAUUAAUCAAGGGCCGCUUUCAAGAUAAUUUUGAAUUUCUGCAAUGGUUUAAAAAAUUCUUUGAUGCCAAUUAUGAUGGAAAGGAUUAUGAUGCGAGUGCAGCUCGAGAAGGUGCGCAGAUGGGUUACGGAGCGGCAUUUGUAAAAACUUUACCUGGUUCUGGUACUGGAGCAAUAGCUACCCACCGAAAGCCCUCAUCGUUGACGACAGCUUCAACAGCACGCUCAACAGUACCAUCAUCAGUGGCAUCAAAAUCCAGUACGAAAGUACCACCGAGAGCAACUGCAGGAGCAGCAGCAGCAAGAUCAGCUACCUCCGCCAAUAGCUCGGGCGCCGUUAAGAAAUCCAACGAUAAUUCGAAUAAUACUGUAACGAAUCAACAAAUCGAAGAAUUAUCCAGUCAGAUUAUGGACAUGCGUCUGAACUUGGAAGGCUUAGAAAAAGAACGAGACUUUUAUUUUUCCAAAUUGCGUGACAUUGAAAUUCUCUGCCAAGAAGUUGACGAAGGAGAAACACAUCCGUUGGUUCAAAAGAUUUUAGAAAUUCUCUAUGCAACCGAGGAUGGUUUCGCACCUCCCGAUGAAAUUCCACCGGAAGAUGAGGAAUACUAAAUUCGUGGCGUGUGCGUGUGUAUAAGUGUGGUGUCUCUUUCUGAUAUUUUUUUUUUUUUUUAUAAUUUAAAUUUAUAACUUAUGUUUACGAUUUUUUCUACAAAGAACAUAAAUCUUUUUAACUACUUCAGUUUUCUAUAAAAAAAAAAAAUCAAUGCAAAGAAAAUUUCUUGUCUUUCUUGUAGAGCCUAUUUUUUGCUAAUCUUUUUUUCUACUCUCUAUCCAAUAUAAAAUAAAGAAAAACAAACAAUUUACAUGUUGUUGUAUAAACAA